UCUUUCUCUCCUCCGGCUAUUCCUCCGCGACCCCAGUACUCGCCGUAUCAGUAGGUCGCGCACCGACCUGCCCCUAGGAGGAGGAAGGAGCAGGAGCAGGAGGAGAUGGCGAGCGUGAGAGGAGCAGGGGAUGCAGGGGAAGGGGAGUGGCUCAAGGUCGCCGAGCUCAAGGCCAUGGCUGGAGCUCAGGACCCACAAGCCAAGGAGGUGGACAACCUGACACUUCGGAGGUUCCUGCGCGCGCGCGGCCAGGACGUGGGCAAGGCGUCGACGAUGCUGCUCAAGUUCGUGGCGUGGAGGCGGGAGGCCGUGCCGGACGGCGCCAUUCCGGCGGAGCACGUGCGAUCGGACAUCGCCGGCCAGAAGGUCUCCAUGGCCGGCGUCGACCGCGCCGGCCGCCCCGUCAUGCUUGCCUUCCCCGCCAGGCACUUCUCAGCUAACCGCGACAUGGCCACAUUCAAGCGAUUUAUCGUCUAUCUGCUCGACCAUAUCUGUGCCAGGAUCCCUCGAGGGCAGGAGAAGUUUCUGUGCAUCGUGGACCUCAAGGGGUGGGGGUACGCCAACUGCGAUGUCAGGGCCUACAUCGCGGCCAUUGAGAUCAUGCAGAACUACUACCCGGAGAGGCUAGGCAAGGCGCUCAUGAUCCACGUCCCCUACCUGUUCAUGAAGGCGUGGAAAAUGGUGCAGCCCUUCAUCGAUGCCAAUACCAAGGACAAGUUCGUGUUCAUCGACGACAAAAAACUGGAGGAAACGCUGAAGAGGGAGCUAGACGAGAGCCAGGUACCGGAGAUGUAUGGCGGGAAGCUGACUCUUGUUCCUCUCAGUUAGGACGAACAUGCACGGAAGGGGGUUCUCAAGAGGGAUGUAGAGUUGUCGACUCGAUCUCUGUUGUGUGUAGUAGUGAAACAAUUCGGGGUACCGAUCGAUAUCACACUCAGUGCAUGCUUGACAAUCGUGUUGAUGGAUAACAUACACAAAAACAUCUGACACGAUAUUUUUAGUAAUCGGGUCCAGCCUCGACUCACGAACGAGAUGGGCAUAGGUCCCAUUGAGGGUUGUGACAUCCUCGAACAAAGGUGACCGCUCGA